CUGGCACAACUUUUCUGCGUUUGUUCACCACCGAACUAUGUAUCCGCCAUUUUCACAGCUUAAUACCACGAACGGAAAAGGAUUAAUGAUAUGUUGUUAUUUCUUUGAUUUCAACCAGGCUGCAAUUUCUUAAAAGUUUGGACAUAGUGUCUGGUGUCGAACUUAAGUGACCCGGUGAAAAUGGAAUAGUAUAUAUAUCGGAAGCUCGAGAACAGAAGAACUGCAAGAUUGUUGUUUCAUGAUUAUGUUAUUUUCAAGAACAUUUGGCCCAUCCUACUACCACUACCAAGCACCAAACAGUUUCUUCAGCGUGUCUUCUGUAAAUUUACACAAACGACAUGAGAGUGAAUGAUUGGUGUUUUUUCUCCCGAGAAACCUACGAUGGGGCGCGAUUUUCUGAUACAAGUUUUCUUCUGUGUCAUCGUCUGCUCAUCUCUGAUGAUGGUGUUCGUAUUUAAUGCUAAUGAAUCCGUGAAAGUCUGGAAAAAGUCGCAAAAUGGCCUUGGCGAUGACGCUCUGGGUUCCUCGACGCGAUUGCUCUCAGAAGAUGGACAUAACGACUUGUAUGCUGGAAAGAUCAAGAGAUCUAGAGCCAUGAAAGGGUUCAUCAACCCUUCAAGAAAUUCUCCAAAUGCCGCAGACUUUGUUGACAACCAUGCCAAUGGUUCAACCUCGUAUACUGAAAACCGUGUGCUCUAUAAGUUUUAUAAAGCAAGCCAGGAUCCUUCUUACGAUUGCGUCAUCAGGAUUAUCAAGCACCACAGACCGAUCGAUGAGGAGGUUUACAUGAACAAUGAGGAAUGGGUCAGGUCUAGUUGCGAGGGCACACCUUGUAGUAUAGAAGUGAGAUACAGUCUGAAUUUGAGAGACUUUUGGGAUUCGGAUGUCGUCGUAUUGAUGGAGGGGGCGUUCGGUAGCUACGAAUGGAAGUAUCUCCUUAGGGCGAGACCGCCAGGACAAAUGUGGGUGCUGUAUGCCAAAGAGUGUCCUGUACAUGAGCCACAGUUAAGUCCACCGUCGGAUUUAUUUUCGGGUAACCCUUACAACCUUAGCAUGACGUACCGAUCAGGGUCAGACAUGUAUAACCCGUAUGGAUACUUCGUAAGAGAUCGACCUUGUGGUAUAAAGAAUCUGAAGAAGUCAGAGUUGAUGAUGUGGAUGGCAUCUCGAUGUAACCCGCUGGGAUGGGAACGAGCAAAGUUUGUCCAAUCCUUGAAGCAACAUCUGAAUGUCCACACCUACGGGCGUUGUGGCACGUUGGAGUGUCCGAAGAAUGACCGGGGCAGCUGCCUGUCGAAGAUGAGACUUUACAAGUUUUACCUUUCCCUUGAAAAUAGUGAAUGUGCUGAGUACAUCACCGAAAAGAUGUGGAAAAAUGCCUUCGACAAUGGCAUGAUCCCCGUCGUAUAUGGGGCAAGAAAAGAAGAUUAUCAAAGGUUGGCGCCGCCCAAUUCCUUUAUUCAUCUUAACGACUUCCGUACGAUGGAAGAAUUUGUGGAGUACAUUAAUUUAUUGGAUCGGAAUGAGACGCUCUACAACAAAUACUUCGAGUGGAGGAAGUUAGGAAGGGUUUACUAUGGCGCAGGGAUAAAAGGAGCAACGCACACUUCAAGACUCUGUAACGUGACCAAGAAGCUUCUGGAGAUCGGAAAGGACCCACAGAAUUCAUGGAGAGCUCGAAAUCCUAAUUUUAGAAAAUGGUGGACUGGAUCGUGUGUGCAUCAGAAAGAACUCUUAGGUGUGAGAAUAUAGAGUGAGCUAACAAGUCCAUAUUGAGAGUCUCCAGAAUAACAGUGAUCUAGGUAGCAUCUUGUGCAGGACGAAUAUAGGAAACCAUAUUCAAAGGCCAUCCACUUGCUGGAUAAAAUACACAUUUCGUCAGCAAUCGUUGCUGUGGUUUGACUGUGGCCCUCGGUUCCAUUUUUCAUAAAACUUGUUAGAAAAACAAAUUAACAAUAAAGCUACCAAAAUUGUUCAAUCUGAUUGGCUGAUGGUACAUUCGUGAUAAAAAAAAAUGUGCGUAAUUAUAACAAGUAUUUAUGAAACGGGACCAAGGUUUGACAACCCUCUCCUUUCCAGAGUGUCAAAUUUAAUGCUGUCCCAUUUCUUUGAUGGGGAUUCGAACUAAAUUUUUAAAGUCAUUCUUCUAGAAGCUUACAAUUUGACAUCAAAUAAUCUGCUACUGGCUGAAAAUGCAGGGAUUUCCAAUGAUUUCAAUGGCCAUAAAUACAUAUUUUUCUUCUGUCAGUCAUGCUAGCAGCAUCAUCGAGGCGAAUUACAGAGUUAGACAGUCGAAUGCCUCUGCCUUAUUCGACAAAUUUGAUGUAAGACAGCUUUAACGUAUAAGGCGAGCAGAUGAAUGUUCCUCAAAAUUACUUGACGUCAAAUGUGUCUAUUGCUUGUAAAGCGAUUCCUGUAUAAUAUGGGAUGUAAUCCUGUUAAAGGACAAGUCCACCCCAACAAAAGUUGAUUUGAAUAAAAAGAGAAAAAUCCAACCAGCAUAACACUGGA